GUGCAUAAUUUGGCGGGGCGCCACACAAACAUCAUGGCCUUCAAUUGGGACAAACUCACCAGAGCCCAACGAGACUUUCCAAAACCGAAAUUCGCCCUCGAUGCCAUAAGCAGACAUUUGAAGAAGAGGCCGGCUGAUCCGUAUGUGCUGGCGUGGAAAGCAGCUGUUCUGCUCCAGGUGGAUAAAGAUGGCGAUGCUAAAGUGGCGCUCGACCUACUACAAACUCUGUGUCAACGACAGCCACCAAUCACGGAUGUGCCACUGCUAUGCCUCAUUUAUAGCAAGCUGAGUGAAGCUUUGCGAAGACGGAACUCUCAGCCCAUCCUAGCCUCGAUCGGUGAACUUGGGCUCAAGGCAUGGCAGAAUGCAGCAAAAGCUCUGCCAACACAGGCUCAGCGAUUGAGUCUGUGGUCCGAACUGUUUAUAUCUGCGAUGCAAGAAGAGUGCUGGGAGGAUGUUCGAAUUGCAGUUGUUCAUGCCAAUAAAGAAGGGCCCAAGUCCAAAAAGACUGUGUACUAUACAUCAAUUCUGUCUAAUCAAUUGGCGGCAGAAAGAAAGAUUGAGGCGAGCAAGAAGUCUGGAAAAGCUGACCCAAGCAGUCAAAUCCAAUUGAUGAUCGCUCUUAAACAAAUGAAGGAAGCGUUCGACAAUUCACCCAAACCAACGGACGAAACACUGCGCGUGAAAGAUAUGCGAGAUUUACGAUUCAUGGCACAAAUCUAUAGCCGUCAAAAUCGAUCUGCCGAACUGGAACAGCUUUGGUCUACGCCAUCUUCGCACAUGAACGACCUCAGAUAUAAAUAUGAGGCAGACAUCAGACUUCUCCUCAUUGAAAGCAUACGUAAAUGUGAAAAUUGGGCAUUGCUGGAAAGCGUUUGCGAAAAGACAAUCUCCGCUGUAUUCGAGCGCAUGGAGACCGAAGGGUCGUCUCAAGAGUUUGUGCAAAUGUGCACGGCAGAAUGGUCAAUUUGGACUGCUGUGAUAGACGCCAUAACUCAUCUAUAUCCCGAUCAAGAGGCCAAAGAAAAGAUAGGAGCCAUGCAUUCGCGUCUAAUGAGAUCACAACCAAAUUUAGAAGUUCGAGCUGUCGCGGUCACGCUCGUGAAUCUGGCAUGGCAUUCUGGCAAUUCCGUCCUGCAGGCUUGCAAAGCAUAUUGGAGUAAGCAUUCAGCUGGCCGUAGCUGCUUCAAGGACCUUCGGCGUCCUGUCGCCCAACUACCAGAAGAUCUGCGGAAUGAGUUCUACGCUCAUAUCAAAAAGACAUCACAAUCCCUGGAGUCGCAAUCCGAAGAGGGGGGGCCUAAAUCCGCCUGGAUACGUACCGAGAACAAUGUCUUAGCAUUCGAAUAUCUGUUAAAGAUUUCAAUGUCUAGUGGGACCGACGUGGAAGUAAUUGAAGAGUUUGUGGCUAGAGCUCUCAAGUUCCAUCAUCUUGCACCGUCAUCUGAGAUUGAUGUGCGUGUUGAUGCCGCUCUUUUAGCCAUCGUCGGUCUUCUCCGCCUCCACAAGGCUGAUGGCAAGAGCUCAAUGCGCUAUCUGAUUCAGGCUGCUAUAUUUCUGCAACGUCUCCUGGAACACGAGGAAUUUCGGAACUUCCGCGCACUGGUAGUGGUUUCCGCCCGCUUACACUUGAACCUGGGUCUAGGAACUAUCGCCAUCGGGCAUUAUCGCGAUGCAAAAGUCAAGGAGAUGCUGCUUGAUACUGUCUCUUGGGUCUUACUAUCCCGCAUAUCGCAGACGCAUCCCUUCGAUACACCUGGACACGAGGGGUUUAGUGCUACAACCGAGUUAGACAAAGUCAUCGAUACGAUGACGCGGAUGGAAGGUAGGACGGAUGACCACCUGUAUCAAGACAUGCAACAAUUUUUCUACGAUACCGCUUUGGAAAUGCUUGAUCUUAAGCAAAAGUUCUCCUCUAGCAUCACAAAACGGCUCUGCGUUAUCGAAAAGAAUCGCAUCGCUGGCCUGCACUCACAGGACUCUAACGGCGAAGUAGCAGCAGACAGCAUAUCUGAAGCUCUAUCGAAAAUAUCAGACAAUCGUGAUUUGAACAUAUUGCCCAACUAUGGAUCUGGAGACCAGAACGAGACCAUGUCGCUGAUGUUGCAGCAUAAGCCAGCUUCGAUUGGAUGGCUGUACAACUACUAUCUUUGCCGGGAAUCCGUCUUGGGGCAUUUAUACAACACAAGGUCGAACACAACACUCCAGCGUGAUUUGAAAACGCUAUUCGUCGACGAAUCAAAAGAGGAGCUUGAAAAAGAUGUCUUCACCGAAGUCGAAAAGACAUUGAACAAGCUCUGGCAUCCAGUUCGUCACAUCCUCUUCCAAGGGGAAGCUCCUCCAGUUACUUCUGAUACCACACCUGCCAAAUCGAUGGACCAGGCAUUCGACCAACUGUCUAGCGAACUCGAAUCAUUGAUCGAGAGCUUAGGCAAACCCGCUGGGGAUAUUCCACCCUUGUUCAACGAGGAGCAUCUCAUGUAUCGAUAUGGCUUGCUCGAAACAUUGCGCAUGCUACAACAGUUGGACAAAGUUCUUCAACAAGGCAUCAAGAGCAAGAAUCCCGCGUACACCAAAGUCCCAAAACCAAAACUCCAGAACGUCAAUGCCAAGGUCAAGAAAUGCUUCGAGGCGCUUCGUCAAGCGACCAACAAAGACAUUGAGCAAUUGAACUCUCGUGGCGCGGCAUUGAUUCGAGAUGUAACGCUUCAGGGCAGCACUGGUGAAGCUCUUGCUACUAUCGUUUCUGCGGACGAUGCUCGGGCUUACGCCUUGAAGUACGUCGAGUCGGACCGAGUUGCUUUGAAAGCCAUUUUGCAGGUGAAGCUGAAUUAA